AUGAUGGCAGAUGUGUUUGGAACCUCCCAAUUAGCAGUACUGGUCGGUAUCACAACUUUCUGUCUUGGCUUCGCACUUGCACCCAUGGCUCUGGCUCCAUUUUCGGAGAUCAAUGGUCGAUAUCCUGUCUUCGUGGUCUCCGGCUCGAUCUACGUUCUAUUCCAGGCAGUCUGUGGCCUUGUUCCUAACCUUGCUGGCAUGUUGAUCGCAAGAUUCCUCGUUGGCGUCGGAGGGUCUGUCUUUAGUACCAUGGUGGGCGGCGUUAUUGCCGACUUGUGGCAUGCCCAAGGCAGAAACACUCCGAUGGCUGUCUUUAGCGGCUUCGUUUUGGUGGGCACAGGCGCUGGUCCACUCGUUUCUGCUUUGAUCGUACAUCGGCUGGGAAUUGAGGGGAGAUAUGGCGGUUGGCGAUGGGUGUUCUGGCACCAAGCUAUUGCAGGCGGUAUUCUGAUGGUAGCGCUGGUGACUCUCUUCAAGGAAACUCGGGGUUCUGUCCUCCUCUCACGAAAGGCAAAAACUUUGAAUAAAUGGUACGAGGAGCGAGAGAGAGCAGGUUAUUUUGGAGUCUGGGUCGUCGAGGAGGAAGACACAGGCGACGAUGACGAGAGCGAUUUGGACGCCCCGCCACAAGUAGAAGAAGACGAGGAGAAACGCAUUGAUGCGCCUGCCCGAGCUGGCGACUCAUCCCAAGUGAGAUUACAGAGGAUACGAUGGAUCGUCAAAGAAGACGAGGAGCGGUCGUCCAUUGCCGUUAUGAUCUCGAUUUCUAUCUGGAGGCCAUUCCACCUACUCUUCACAGAGCCUGUUGUUUUCUUCUUCUCAUUGUGGGUUGCAUUUGCCUGGGCUGUUUUAUACCUGACCUUCGGCUCCAUCCCCUACGUUUUCAAUCGCAUCUACGGCUGGAACAUCGAAAAAUGUGGCUACAUGUUUUCGGCAAUGAUGGUCGGAUCCUUCCUUUCCACUGUCAUUGGUGUCUGGCAGGACGAUCUUCUUAGAAAUCCGCUUUGGAGAGCUGAAAAUUGGGAUGAAGCUGGGCCCUUGACCCGAACGGAGCGGUUUUGGAGCUUCAUGCGCCGGCGUUUCCCUGUCGAGGUGCCCGAGUCAAGAUUGUACUUCACCUGCAUCACAGCUACACUCCUGCCCGUUGGCCUGUUCAUCUUCGGCUUCACAUCCGACUCCGGUACGCCAUGGAUUGUUCCCGCGAUCGCAAUCUGUCUCGCCACGAUGGGAAUCUUCUCUGUCUACCUUGCCACAUUUAACUACCUCGCAGAUGUGUACCACGUAUACGCAUCAUCUGCCCUUGCAGCACAGUCUUUCUGUCGGAACAUACUUGGUGGCGUGUUCCCUCUGGUGACGGUGAUGAUGUUUAAGAAUCUUGGGAACGAUAGAGCUGGUGGCUUGCUCGGUGGCAUCGCAAUGGGACUGACACUUGUCCCGUGGGUUCUGGUCUUCUACGGUGAAAGGAUACGGAGGCGGAGUAAAUUCGCAAUGGUUCUUGAGAAAACAUGA